AUCCUACACGUAGGCAUAAAGAAGAUGUUGCUAGUUUGCUAGGGCAACUAUUUAGUAUGGAGGCAAUUAUUUUCUUUGAUCCGUCUACAUAUUCAGGAUUUUUACAGCGGGGUACAGAAAAUGCUAGAAGAGAUUGGGAUGACAAUCGCAAAGUUUAUAACUGGAAAAAGAGACCCCUAAAUUGUGAUAAAGCUACACCUACCAAAUACAAAAAAUCAGAACUAAAGUCAUUAACUUUUGCUGAAAAUAGAGAAACCUGUGUAUCCUCCCAAACAGUUGCUUCAUCUGAUGGGUGUCCCAGAAAACUAACUGAUUGUGUUGUUUGCAAGGUACUCGUACGCAUGAAGUUAAGGAGUGUCUGGAAAAAACCUUUUGCAUUAGACAAUUUUGGAUAAUGAAUGAAUCACCCACCUUGUCUUCCAUAUUAAAAAUGUAUCCAAAAUUUCAAACCAUUCCAGAACUAUUAGAUGUCGAACUUCAAAUGAUGUUUUCUGACUGCACUACAGAUUUUUUAUC